AUGCCCAACUCGCACCGGCACUUCCACCGUCACCGAGACAUCCUCGGUGACAUCGAGAACAUCAUCAAUGGCGUCAACCCUGACGAGAACUCGCACAAUCGGCAGAACAAUCAGUCCACCGUGGUUCAGGUCGUCUACAAGACCAUGAAGCCGACCUUUUCUGGCCCCAUUGGUGGUUACGUGACCAUCCACUCGCCACCCCCGGCCAAGGAGACUCCAAAGCCCGAGCCUACCCCUAGCAAGAAGCCCGAGGUCAAGGAGACGCCCACGCCAAAGGAAACGCCCAAGGAGACUCCCAAGCCGACGCCGAAAGAGACUCCCAAGGAGACUCCCACUCCCAAGGAAUCCCCCAAGCCGACGCCCACCCCGAGUCCGAGUCAGCAGGACAAGGCGUCCCCGACGCCCAAGGAAAGCUCUGCCGUGCCGAGCGCCAUUUCCUCUCCCCAGCAAAGCCCGUCCAGCGCCGACGAUGAUCUCGCCAAGGCUACUGGUUCCCCCACGCACGCCUCGUCGCCGACAAAGGUGGCUGUUGACGGCAACCGAGCCCACAGCGUCUCUGCCUCGCCUACUGUUGAUCCGGCUGCGGCGUCAUCUCCCAGCAGUGUCAGCGAGUCCUCCGGCUCCGGCACCAGCGCCGGCGCCAAGGCGGGAAUUGCCCUGGGUGUGCUCGGUGGUGUGCUCGUUCUGGGACUGCUCAUCUUCUUCUUCGUCAGCCGCCGCAGAAAGCAGGCCGAGCGCGAAGAGCUUUCGGGUGACGACGAAAAGGCGCAAGUGACGCCUCCUCCUGCUGCUACUGCUCCUGCUGCUACUGUUCCUGCUACUGCUGCUGCUGGUGCUGCCGCUGUCCAACACCAGCCGAUUGCGGUGCCUGAGCCGCAGCCGCAGCCGCAGCCCAUUGCGCGAGCGCUCACGCCCGAGUUCUCACCGGCACCGUCACCCGAGCCUGUCGAGGAAAUAGUCCGCACGAACCCAAUCGCGCCGCGCAUCAGCCUCCGACCCGCUUCCCAGUUCGGCUGGGACCUCGAGAAGCAGGCCGCCAAGGGAGCCGAGGCUGCCGCUGUCGGUGUUGCUGUUACCGGCAACGCAGCCGACCGACCCGAUACCAGCCAGAGCAACAACCCUGCGAAUCCCUUUGGCCAGCAAGCCGAGCGUGUUCCCUCUCCUGUCCAGGAUCCGCCCGCCGCUCGUCCCAGUCCCACGUAUAAACCGUAUUCGCCCACCGUCGCGGCUGCGAGCGAAAAGGCGCCAAGCCCGGAAGUGUCAAAUGCUGAAGAGACCGCUGUGGCUGCCGCCGCUGUGGCUACCACGGCCGCGGUCGUUGCUGCUGGAGCCGCGACGCUGACUCGCAAGACGUCGAUCCGAAACCAGAAUUCCAAGGCACCUGUUGACCUGACCGUGACCACCAACAACCUCGACACGGUUCCCCCAAGCCCCGUGGGUACCGACUACAGCGCCUCGUCAGCCUCUCCCGCCCCUGGUGCUGCGCCUUCGCCCGGUGCCGCCGCCAUUGCCGCGGCGGGCGGCCCUGCCAACUCCACUGUCCACCGCGUGCAACUGGAUUUCAAGCCCACUCUCGAGGACGAAUUGGAGCUCAAGGCCGGCGACCUGGUGCGCCUCCUCCACGAAUACGACGAUGGCUGGGCGCUUGUCAUCCGUCUGGAUAGGUCCCGACAGGGUGUUGUCCCUCGCACGUGUCUGUCUACCCGCCCAGUGAAGCCUCGCCCGCCCCAGGGACGUCCUCCUGUCCCGGCAGCCGGCGGUCCUCCUCGCGGAACCAACUCUCCCACUGGCCAGCGACCGAUGACUCCCCAGGGCCAGCGCCCAAUGACGCCUCAGGGCAUGCGCGGUCCCAACGGCCCUCCCAACGGAGCUCCCCGGAUGGGACCCGGCCCAGGAUCGCGACCCGGAUCUCGCCCCGCCUCGCCCGCCGGUCCGAUGAUGAACGCCAACGCAGGCCGACCGCAGUCGCCCAUGGGUCGCCCGAUGAGCCCCGGACCAAAGUUUCAGGGACCUCCCACCAGCCGCCCCCAGAGCCCCAGUGGAAUGAGCCAACGCGGGAGCCCCCCGGUCUCCAGCCCUCUGAACCCUAAUUCGUCGUCACCCACGUCGUCGCCAACAGAGUCUCCAUCAACACCUCCAGCAGGGCCUAUCGGCAGGAAGCCCGUUCCCGGCCAGGCCUAUUAA